AAACUUGUAGAGCAGAACUGUGGGACAACCCGUCUGCUACCGGCAUCUGUGUAGGGCAGGAACUAAACCAGUAUUCCCACUGUGAUGUGCCAGGGGAAGCAGUGAGGACUGAUGGACAGAAUGGAUGACACAGAAAGCAUUGCAGGGAUCCUGCUGCCUGGGCACUUACACUCUCAGCAGUCCUUGCAGUAUGCUCAGGAUUUUCAGUUCAAGGAAGAGGAUAUUGUCAUUGUUACUUAUCCCAAAUCAGGCACCACCUGGAUGCAGGAGAUUUUGACUUUGAUUUACAGUAGAGGGGAUGAUGACAUAGCUACAACUGUCCCUAACUGGAGGCGUGCACCCUGGCUUGAGCAUAUAUACUUUAAAGAUGUUAUUAUAGAAGGGAAUGGCCCCAGAAUCAUCACAACCCACCUUCCCAGUGACGUGCUGGCACCUGCACUGCAAAAGUCUAAAGCAAAAGUUAUUUAUGUUGCAAGGAAUCCCAAAGAUGUGGCUGUUUCCUACUACUACUUUCACAAGAUGGCCAGGUUCUUACCAAACCCUCAACCCUUUCCAGAAUUCCUGGAGAAGUUUCUAGAAGGAAAAGUAUAUUAUGGUUCUUGGUUUGAGCAUGUGAAAGACUGGCACAGCGUCAGCCAGACCCUGGAUUUCUUCUACAUAACAUAUGAAGACAUGCAGAAGGACUUGAGAAGAUCCAUAAAGAAGAUAUGUCAAUUCCUGGAAACUCCCAUGUACUCCAAGGAAGUGGACAAGGUGGAGCAGCACAGCAAUUUUGCUGUUAUGAGUCAAAAUUCCAUGGUGAAUUACACCCUUAUUCCAUGUGAGAUCAUGGACCACACUCAGAGCAAGUUUAUGAGAAAAGGUGUCGUGGGAGACUGGCAACAACAUUUCACUGAAGAGCAGAACAAAAUGUUUGAUAAGGUUUUUCAAGAAAAAAUGUCAGACUGUGAUCUACAGUUUAUUUGGACCUUAAAAUGAAUCCUAACAAUGCAUAUUUCCAGAACUCUGUAAUUGCACUUGGUAUUAGGGUUGCCACUCGGCCGGUAUUUUACCGGCCUAGCCGGUAAAACACCUGCCAAGGCCGGAAUUACAAAUUUACCGGCAAUAUAGCUGCCGGUAAAUUUGUAAUACCCUUCAAAAAGACCCCUCGGCCUGCCCCCAAUCCACUUUAGCUUAGCUUUUGUCCUCCCUCUUCGGGUCUCACGUUGUUGCCCCCCCCUUUUUGCAUCACGGCUCCACCCUUUUUGUUCCCGCCCCCACCAGCCGGUAACAAAUAAAAGGUGGCAACCCUACUUGGUAUAUUGAUUUGGCCACAAGAUUUGCAAGGGUUUGCGGUACAAAUGGGCAAGUGGACGAAUUUUGUGUGUUGGUUACAUGCAUUUUAUUUUUAUAAUAAAAAAAGCCAUGACAUAA